AUGAAGCACUUUACUCGGGCGCUAUUGGCCUUGCUUCUUACUUCAUCUGGGGUGCAUGCAGUGUCUCAAGAUUCAAACCAAUGUCUUGGAGAACUACACGGUGAAUCUCAGGCUCGCACUGUUUCUGAGGUAGUCGUUGUGGUUAAUGAAAAUGGGGAGCCCAUUCAUACGAAGACAAGGCUUGUUCUUGCUACAACUCCUGCUUCGCAAGCAAAUACUCUGUCCACUCAAUCACCAACAUCAACCUCAAGCCCUGAUGUGCCUCCGACAACAUUGACACAGACAAAACCGCAAGAUGGUAUGACCACGAAUGACGCUACCUCGAGCGAGAGAAAACAAAAGAAGCCACCCUCCAAUGGCGCGCCCCAUUCGCAUGAGCCACAGCACCCUGAACCGCCUCACAUCGAAGCUCCUGCGCAUCCUGAACCGCCUCAUAUCGAAGCUCCUGCGCAUCCCGAGCCAGCCCAUCCUGAACCGCCUCACCACGAGCAACCUCCGCACCCCGAACAACCUCACCCAGAACCACCGCAACAUGACGAACCAGCCCAGCAUCCCAAACCCAACACAGACCCAACCCGCCAAUUCGGCAUCUCAUACUCCCCCUAUGACGCCGACAGAAGCUGCAAGACCCAAGACCGAGUCAACAAGGACCUCGACCUCCUAUCGCAGUAUAAGUUCAUCCGCAUCUACGGAACGGACUGUGAACAAGCCACUCUCGUAGCCCGAGCAGCCCGCCUUCACAAAAUGCAAGUAUUCGGCGGAAUCUACGACUUAACCGACUUCCCCGCAAGCCUCAACGCAUUCAAAGAAGCCGCAACCAAAGAAGACGGCACUCAAGAUUGGUCCGUCUUUCACACUAUCGCCGUGGGCAACGAGCUAGUAAACGGCGGCCGAAGCACCCCGGCCGAAGUCUCGGGCGCCAUCACGCAAGCCCGCACUUAUCUCCGUGGACAGGGAUACAAAGGUCCCGUCGUAACGGUGGACACGUUUUCCGUGCUUUUGAAGCACCCGGAAUUAUGCAUCGCAUCGGAUUAUUGUGCUGCGAAUUGUCAUGCCUUUUUUGAUGCUACGCAGCAGCCGCACAAUGCUGGCCCUUAUGUCCUUGGGCAGAUGCAUGCUGUUUCGGCUGCGGCUGGGGGGAAGCAUACUAUCAUUACGGAGUCGGGAUGGCCGCAUGCUGGUCAGGCUAAUGGUGAUGCUACCCCAUCGCCGGAGAAUCAGCGUGUUGCUAUUGAGAGUCUGAGGAAGAGUUUUGGUCAUCGGGGGGAUGAUUUGGUUCUCUUUACGGCUUUUGAUGAUUUGUGGAAAGAUGAUAACAGGUACACGUUUAAUGCGGAGAGGUUUUGGGGGAUUCAUGAUGAAUAG